UUCCCACACCUAACUCUCUUUUCCUUCCUUCCUAUAACGAAGCAAGUAUGCAUCCCAGAGUAGGGACACUGGCCCUCUUCGUCGCAAUUCUAGCCGGCUUCCGGCCGGACGCGGCUGCCGGGCAGAACUGUGGCUGUGCUGCGAACCUUUGUUGCAGCCAGUUUGGUUAUUGCGGCGUCGGCCCUGCUUAUUGUGGUCAAGGUUGCCGGGGAGGGCCUUGCUCUGGCGGUGGUGGUACAUCUGUGUCUGACAUAGUUACACAGCAGUUCUUUGAUGGAAUAAUUAACCAGGCGGCUGCUAGCUGUGCUGGUAAGAACUUCUAUACUCGUGAUGCCUUCAUUAGUGCAAUUAGCUCGUAUCCGACCGCCGCCGGGUUCGGCACAACUGGGACCGCCGAUGACUCCAAGCGCGAGAUCGCUGCCUUCUUCGCACAUGCAACACAUGAGACAGGACAUUUCUGCUACAUUGAAGAAAUAGACGGAGCUUCCAAGAAUUACUGCGAUCCGAGCUUCACCCAGUAUCCGUGCACCGCCGGAAAAGGGUACUACGGCCGCGGACCGCUCCAAUUGUCAUGGAACUACAAUUACGGGGCCGCCGGAAAUAGCGUCGGUUUCGACGGGCUGAAUGCACCGGAGACGGUCGCCAACAAUGUCGACACCUCAUUCAAAGCGGCCUUAUGGUACUGGAUGACCAACGUGCACUCGGUCAUGGGUCAAGGGUUCGGUGCGACCAUCCGAGCCAUCAACGGCGCGCUGGAGUGCAAUGGCCAGAACACGGCACAAAUGCAAGCUCGCGUGGGCUACUACACCGCCUACUGUCAGCAGCUGGGAGUCUCCACCGGCGACAACCUCACCUGCUAGGCUGAACUUCUCCAUACACAACGAGUUAGUGAAAAUAAUGCUAUGGCAUACCUGGGCCAUAAUAAAAGCAUAAGAACAAGAAUAAGAAUAAGAUCAUGUAUUGAGGCAGUGCCAAUUAAGAUCUCCCGGUCUUUAGUUGUAAACUCUUGUGAGAAUUGAAUAAUUAGUAUGAAUUUAUUAGUUAAA